AUGUGUGUGUGUGUGUGUGUGACAGGGACCAUGGGCACCCUGAGGGACCUGCAGAUCGCCCUGCAGACCAAGAUCGAGGAGCUGCGGCAGCGCGACGCCCUGAUUGACGAGCUGGAGCUGGAGCUGGACACCAAGGACGAGCUGAUCCGGCAGCUCCAGACCGAGCUGGAUCGCCACCGCUCCGCGGCCAGCCAGGCCACCCCCUCAGCAGCACCAGCAGCAGCCGCAGCGCCACCUGACGAGCCCCAGCGCAUGAAGCGGCAGGCCAUCUCCGCCGAGCCCAGCGCCCUGGACCCCUCCCAGCUCACACACGUCACCCUCGCCAACUACAGCAAGAGCAAAGAGUCAUAUGAGCUGAUCCAAAAGGCUCUGCUGGACAAUGAUUUCAUGAAGCACCUGGAGCAGAGUCAGAUCCUGACCAUCAUGGACUGCAUGCAUCCCACCACCAUAGCUCAAGGGUGCUGCGUCAUUCAGGAGGGCGACGACGGCUCGCUUGUUUACGUCCUUGAAGAGGGCGUGGUGGAGGUGACCAAAGGUGGGCAGAAGCUGUGUACCAUCGAGCCCGGGAAGGUGUUUGGAGAGCUGGCUAUCCUCUACAACUGUACACGCACCGCCACCGUCACAGCGCUCACCGAUAUCAAGUUAUGGGCCAUCGACCGUCAGGGCUUCCAGACCAUAAUGAUGAGGACGGGCCUGAUCAAGCAUUCCCAGUACAUGGAGUUCCUGCGCAGUGUGCCCUCCUUCAAGACCCUCACUGAGGAUGUUUUGAGCAAAGUAGCGGACGUCUUGGAAGAGACACACUACAGUGAUGGAGAUUACAUCAUCCGCCAGGGAGCCACAGGAGACACCUUCUUCAUCAUCAGCGAGGGGCAGGUGAAGGUCACUCAGCAGAAGAGCCCCAGUGAGGAGCCAGUGUUCCUGACCACGCUCUCCCGAGGAGACUGGUUUGGAGAGCAGGCCUUGAAGGGGGAAGACGUACGCACAGCAAGUGUGACAGCAGUGAGAGAUGUUACGUGUCUCGUUGUCGACAGAGAAUCAUUCAAACAACUAAUCGGGGGACUGGAGAAUGUCAGCAAUAAAGUGUACGAGGGUGAGGAGGUCAAGGCGAAGGUGGAGGCAGACACUGCAUUUUUCUCUGCACUGUCCCUCUCUGACUUUCGUGUGAUCUGCACGCUUGGCAUGGGUGGAUUCAGUCGAGUAGAGCUGGUGCAGCUGAAGAAUGACCUGAGUCGCUCGUUUGCCAUGAAGAUGCUGAAGAAGCGGCACAUCCUGGACACCAGCCAGCAAUUCCACAUCCUGUCGGAGAGGCGCAUCAUGAUGGAGACAAACAGCCCCUUCAUAGUUCGACUUUACCGCACCUUCCGAGAUGCCAAGUACCUGUACAUGUUGCUGGAGUCAUGUUUGGGAGGGGAGCUGUGGACAUUGCUGAGAGACAGGGGGUCUUUUGAUGAUGGCACAACAAGGUUCUACACAGCCUGUGUGGUGGAGGCGUUGGCAUAUCUCCACUGUAGAGGGAUCAUUUACCGAGACUUGAAACCCGAAAACAUCAUCCUGGAUAAUUCUGGCUACGCCAAGCUGGUUGAUUUUGGCUUUGCCAAAAAGGUGGGGUUUGGUAAGAAGACGUGGACCUUCUGUGGGACCCCGGAGUAUGUGGCCCCGGAGAUCAUCCUGAACAAGGGCCACGACUCCUCUGCUGACUGCUGGUCCCUCGGCAUCCUCAUCUACGAGCUACUCAGCGGGAGCCCUCCAUUCUCAGGUCCUGACCCCAUGAAAACAUACAACAUCAUCCUCAGAGGAAUCGACAUGGUGGAGUUUCCCAAGAAAAUAAACAAAAGUGCUGCUACAUUAAUUAAAAAGCUCUGCAGAGAUAAUCCUUCCGAAAGGCUUGGGAACCAAAAGAACGGAGUGAAAGACAUCCAGAAGCACAAAUGGUUUGAAGGGUUCAACUGGGAUGGCAUUCGCAAGGGCACCCUCACAGCACCCUUUGUACCCAGCGUGGAUGGUCCUCUGGACACCAGUAACUUUGACUGUUUCCCUGACGACCAAGAGGAACCGCCACCCGACGAGAUGUCCGGAUGGGACACCGAGUUCUGAACCAACCCGAGCAGCCGGUUAUGGUUACCAUGGCUACCGUCCAGACAUCCUGACUCUCGCACAGUCUCCGGGGAGAGCAUUAAAACCACACAAUCUAGCACUUCUACACAGCAAUGUAAAGACGUGAGUCAGACUCUUCAGCGUUGUUUGGAUUUGCCUGUACAGAUGAAGACCUCCCGUAGAGAAUGUAUAUGGACCGUGGACUGUUUAUCACAACACUUUGAAAGGGAAAAACAGUGGUGUCAUGUAGUUGAAGGGAAGAAAUGGUUCCAUGUGUUGGCUCGGUAAUUGCAUUUGUGGAAAGUGACAGUUCCAGAAUGAUAUGUACAUUGUGUGGUGCUUACUUUUUCCUCGCAAGUGAACAGGACGUAUUGUUCAUGCUUUUCUUGAGGUUUUGGUGGCUACAGAUACAACAGAGAAAGGAGAAUCUGUGCAACUAGAAUACAGUAUGCAUACACUGUUUGGUUGCCUACUGGGAUAGAUAACCUUCUUUGUGUCCUUUUGAUAUGUCAUUUUCCACUGUUUUUGCCGAAAAAUGAAUAAAAGUAGUGUGUUUGAGUUA